GAUGAGAUAAGGUAAAUGGUUGAGCAAUGCAAGCUUGUACUCGGGACAGGGAGGCGGAAACACGUAGUGAGGAAAGCAGCUAAGCAUCUGAUAAAACGAGGACAAGGAUGGACGCCGGUGACCCAAGCCACCGCCAACGGCUGAGAAGAUUAAGAGGUUUGUGCCUCUAUAAACACGUGUCAGAGAGCAAAAGCUAGGGCGAACUCAAUUAAGCAAAAUUCUAUGUUCUUCUUCUCCUUCUUCUUUCUUUUUUUUUUUUUUUUUGGUAAAAAUGUUAAGAUAUUAUUACCAAGUUUUUAAUUUGUGACAGAAAUACAUAGAUAACAAGAAGCAGAAUAAGAAAAAUAAAAUCCUAAACACACACUCGAUCGAGUAGCGAUAGACAAGCAAACACGACCACCACAACCACAGUCCCAAGACACAACUUAGUCCGCACCAACAGCUUGCCGCAAAAGGAUGAGCCAAGUUCAACCGAGAGUCGGAACCCAGUAAUUUUGGCCUCCCCGGUGAUCCGCUCUUAAAGAUAAUGACCCACCCGAAAACAGCUUGCCGAGCGCCUCAAAGAAAUGCCCAUACGAACAUCAGCAACAGCAGCGGUGCAACUCACCCACAACAUCCAAAUCGAGCAAUUAUUAGACCCGGAAACGGCCUGUACACUGCGCCGAACCGAGCAAAGUGGGCCGCCACCUCUGCUAUCCCUAAUCAGAGCCCAAACCUGCACACAACUGCCCCGCACACCACCACAAGAGGCUCAAGCAAACCUAUGAAGUGCUGGGAUGUGAGCGAAGACCGAGCGUUCGAUGCGGCGAUCAAAGACACGAGAACCACCACACGCCCAUAGCCGUCGAGAACCGACGAACCGAAAUUGGCGCUGUUAGAACCACCAAUUGCGACCGCAAAGAUGGAAAUAGAACCAGGGCUCAAACCAACCCAACAGUCCCCGACUUCCACAACAAACUAAAGCCGGCGACAUUGGGGAGAGACAAUUAGGGACCACGAACAGGAGGUCCGAAGGUGAGGAGUCGAAGCUCACGGCCACUGAAGCAGCAUAGACGACCGCCCUUUAAACCGCAAGCAAGACCUACGCGAGCCGGCCACUGAGCUCGAGCACCAACCCGCCUGCGUGCUCAACCCCACAACCCGCCGCCAUGGUAAUAGGACCCACCAGCACACACCCCGGCGAAAGGAAAAGGACCCAGACUCGACGAACCAUCGAGAACCUAGAGCAUCCUCUCGAACCCAAUGGCUUCCUUGACCAGAAACAGCAAGCCACCGCCGAACCAGAGAAGCCACACCGUCCCUCCCACUUGCGGACAGAGAGAAGUCAGACAAGAUCUAAAGGGAGAAAAUCGAUCUUGAACCACAACCCAAAAAUCCGACUGCAACAACUUCCAAUCGCUCAUUCUUCUCGCCGGAAUCACAGAUAAAGAGGAGAGGCCAGCGGAGAAGAAACUCCUCUGCAGCAGAGCACACCCCGACACCAAACCCUAGCCCACGACGCCGCACAUAUCGAAGGGGAGCAGACUGGAGAAGCGGCAGCAAAGCGAGAAAACCUAGACUAGAAGGAGAGCCCUCCGGUCUCCGGUACGCGCCGCCACGCGCCGUCCGGGCCGGAGGAAACGAGAUUUACUUUUUUUUGCCUGCAAGAGAUAAGGUCGGGGAGAGAGGGGAGAGAGGAGAGAGGUCAAGUUCUCCUUCCUUCCUUCCUUCCUUCCUUCCUUCUUCUUUCUUCUUAUGUCUUUUCCUUGUUUUCGAUCUCUUCUUCCUCUUUCAUUUUCUUAGCUUUUUUUUCUUCUUUGUUUGUAUUUUUCUUUGAUUUUUUUUUUUCAUUCAACUUUCUCAUUCCUUUCUCCUCUUUAUGUUUUUUUAUUCGAUCCCGCUCUCCUUCUCCUUAUAUUUUUUUUAUUUCACCUUUUUGUUCUUCGAUUCUCUCCUUUUACUCUUUAAAUCUUUUUCUUUUUCGAUUAUUAAGAUUAAUAAAGUUUGUACCUAGAAUUACAGCUAGGGAAUAGAAAGUCUUGCUCCAAUUUUUCUUAAAGGCAUUCUGUUGAUGAUUUUUUGUCAGAACAGGAGUGCACUGAACCAGGACGUACAAAUUCACGUAUUCUUUCCACUUGGCAUUUCUCGUACAGAAAUAUCGAGAACUGUUCGCUGCUUGGAUCAUCGUGGUCAACACCAAUUUUUUGAACUGGUCUUCAUAGUUGGACCCAAUACUGUAAUCGUUACACCACAAAAAUGUUCCACUGAAUGUGAGGUUUGAGAAAAUAUAACACAGUCCGAGUAUCUGAGCGUACAAUGAUUGUAAUAGAUAAUGGCCUCUCUCUGAGUGGGACACACAUGAUUAAGAUAUCUUUGACGGAAUAGGAGACGCAGUACAAGCUUCUUGCGAGACAUCACCUCGGCAGAGGAAAAGUCCGGUGACUCUACUCGGGGAUUGUCUCACCGUAGCGUUUUGGAAGCUGGUGGAGUAUGAGGCGUUUCCAGAUGAGAGAGAGGCCAAAAGUAUUUUGAGAUUGGUGAAAAGCUAUGAAGCCACUGAGGAAGGAGAAAAGAAACAUGAAGAUGAAAGAGACACAGAAGACAUGGUUCGGUUUCCCUGAUUUGGGGUUCAGACUAUGAAGGUCCCAUUUAUAAAAGAGCCCUCUCUUGGUUUGUGACGACCAUAAUCAGUGACGUGCAAAGGUUGUAAGGCCUAAGGCAAUUAUUUGUAAGUCAGAAACUGAAAAUUUGAUCCUUCGUUUUAUGAAUAUUACAAUGAACACAUCUAUCAAAAGUACAAUAUAAAAUCUAGAUACUGUGAUAAAACAAUAUAGAUUUUAAUUUUUUUUGACCCAUGCAAAAUAAGUGUGUUAAUGUAAAUGUGUUAAUUUCUUCAACCAUAUUCAUUAUUGAAUUCUUGGUACAGCCUUAUGGAUAGUCGAAUGAAUUCUAAUAGGUUGAGAGUUUCCCUGCAAAUAGUAUAUGUUUAUCCCACGUCAUGCAGAGGGUUAUACACAUUUUCUGAAGUUCCAAUUAUUACAAAAUAUAUAAAAUUUAUAUAACUAAAAUCUAAAGUUAUUUUAUCAAGUAUGAGAAUUUACUUUUCAUUUAAUUAAAAAAAAAAGAUUUUCUCAGAUGAGAAAAUAUUAUUGUUUCCAUUCCAUAGUAGUGUAAAAACGUAGACUAGUAUCAAAUAAAUGUCUUCGUUAAUGAUUUUCUUAGUAAGGUUUUGUUUAAAGUAUUUUUUCUUCAAGUUUGAUAGUUUUCAAGAUCAUACAUAUGUUGUUUGGGGUUAGGACAUCAAGCAUGUAUCUUAUGGAGACCUCUUGUGUCAAUUAAAUUUCAGUUGCAAGUUGCUCUUGACCCGUGCAAUUUCUAUUCGGUGGAUUUCUACAAAUAUAUAGCACCGGAAAACACGUUAUACAAUCUCCUACGCAGAAAUGAUGUUCCACUUCCACAUUAGGGACCACAAAAUAAAACAUAUUCCAAAAUAUAAUAAUAAAACUAAGUAAGAAGAUUCCCCCUGAUGAGGAAUAGCCAAGACGAAGUAGAACAUAAAGCAGAGGAAAAAAGUAGAACAUAAAGCAAAAGAAAAUGGUAACGAAAAUGAAAGGUUCGUCCACUGAAGACGAAGUGAAGACAAUAUACAAAGACUUAUCAACGUACUAGGCUUUAGAAGAUUAGUAAGUAGGAAACCAAAUCCUGUAGCCAUUUAAAACAUGGCUUUAGAAAAAACUAUUAAAAUUAAAUAUUAAUUGUGUAGUAGUUAACCCUUUUUUGAACAUGUAAUUGACCAUUUCUGCUGCUGAUUAUGUUUCUCUCUUUUCUUUUUCGCCUUCCUUACAAUCUUGAGUUCUUACAAAUUAAAUAAAGCAUUCAGCCUACGGAAAGAAAGAGCAUCCACCAAACAUAAAUUUGCUUGUUGGUUAAAACAACAUAUAGAAAGUUGAUGUGUUACUAGUCAUGCGUCAAGUAGACAUAUCUUGUGGUUUUUAAGCAUUGACUUGGACUUAGAAAAAUCUUAUGUUUAUAGAAAGCAACACUCUUACUUGGCUUCAGAUUAUUUAAGACCACCUAUGGGAAAGGAAAAAAAAACAUAAUAUAACAAGAACAUUUAAGGAAAAAUGUCUGGUUAUGGCUUCCUCUUCCUUUUCACUUUCCUUACAAACCUGAGACCUUCUGUACAGCAACACAGACCGACUUACGUCGGUUAUGUUUGUCAGCCAGAGAAAACUUACCUCAAAAACAGCACAUACUCCUCAAACCUCGAAACCCUUUUGUCCUCUCUUUCUUCUAGUUACAAUCAUUCUUUCUCCUAUGGAUUCCAAAGACUUAAAGAGGGACAAAACCCUGACAUGGUAUUCGGACUUUUCCUCUGUCGCCCAGAUGUAUCGUUCGAAAUCUGCCGUGACUGCAUCAGCCUCUCCGUCAAGGACACUCUAAAUCAUUGUCCAAAUGAAAAGGAGGCUUUGAUUUAUUACGACGAAUGCAUGCUUUUAUACACUGACCGGAAUAUCCUCUUGGAUCCUGUAACAAAAAUUGGAGAGCUGAUGGUAGUAAACCAACAGAAUGUUACGGCAAACCAACCUGUUCGAUUCAGUAAGGUGGUCCAUUCUUUGAUAAACGAAGCUGCAGAGGAGGCUACUGCUAGUCCAAGAAAGUUUGCGUUUAAGAAGGAGAACUACGCAUCAGCUCAAACGGUUUAUGUAUUAAUUCAGUGCAUGCCUGAUCUGACAGCAGUGAUGUGCUCAAACUGUCUGCAACAAACCAUCGAGAACGUGCCUCUUGACAAAAUCGGAGCAAGACUUCUUUCUCCGAAUUGUACCUUAAGGUACGAUAUUUACCCUUUCUACAAUGAAACCUAUCAAGAAGUUGCCUCUAACGAUAUGCAUGGAAAAGAAGAGAACUCCAUGCAAGUUAUAAUUAUAGCAAUUGUUGUGCCGCUAGGUGUCUAUGUUCUUCUUUUUAUAGUCAUUUGUAGCUUCUAUGUAACAACGAGACUGAAGAAUACUUAUGAGACAGCAACUGCAGAUGAUGGUGGGGAUGAUAUUACAACCGCUGGCUCAUUUCAGUUUGAUUUUAAAGCUGUUGAAGCAGCAACCGAUAACUUUUCUGAAAGAAACAAACUCGGUCAAGGUGGAUUUGGAGAAGUGUACAAGGGAACAUUUCCUAAUAGAUUACAAGUUGCGGUGAAGAGACUAUCGAAAACAUCAGUACAAGGCGAAAAAGAGUUCAAGAAUGAGGUAAUUGUUGUGGCGAAGCUUCAGCACCGAAAUCUUGUCAAGCUUCUCGGAUUUUGUUUUGAAAGAGAAGAGAAAAUACUCAUCUAUGAGUAUGUGCCUAACAAAAGUCUUGAUUACUUCCUCUUUGGUCAGUUAAUAUAUUACAACAUUUUAGGCCAAGUUUUUUCAUUACUCAAAUCAUUCUUGAGACCACUGUUCUAUAACAUUGUAAACACCAAUGGUCCAGACUCUACAAUGAAAAUGCAGCUGGAUUGGACAAGAAGGCACAAUAUCAUUAGAGGAAUUGCUAGAGGGGUUCUAUAUCUUCAUCAAGAUUCACGACUCACAAUCAUCCAUCGUGAUCUCAAAGCUAGUAACAUCCUCUUGGAUGAUUCCCUGAACCCGAAAAUUGCAGAUUUUGGAAUGGCGAGGAUUUUUGGAAUAGACCAAACAGAAGCCAGUACGAGAAGAGUAGUGGGAACCUAUGGCUAUAUGUCUCCGGAGUAUGCAAUGUACGGCCAAUUCUCCAUGAAGUCAGAUGUUUAUAGCUUCGGUAUUUUAGUCCUUGAGAUUAUAAGCGGCAAAAAGAAUAGCAGUCUCUAUAAUAUGGAUGAUCAUGCUGGAAAUUUGGUUACAUAUACUUGGAGACUAUGGAGAAAUGGGUCACCAUUAGAGGUUGUGGAUCCAUCCUUUCAAGAGAACUGUCAAGAAAACGAAACUAGAAGAUGCAUCCAUAUAGCUUUACUGUGUGUUCAAGAAGAAGUUGAAGAUCGUCCAACUAUGUCAGAAAUAGUCCAGAUGCUUACUACUAGCUCAAUUGCUCUUCCCAUUCCUCAACCCCCUGGAUUUUUCUUACGCAUGAAACAUGAGGAAGUAAGGGAAGCAGGUCCAGCAGUGGAUUCUUCUGCUCUAUGUUCUGUCGAUGAUGCUUCCAUUACUCGUUUAACUCCUCGCUGAGGAUAAAACGUUUCACAAAGACAAGUAAGCAUCGAAAAAGAAGAAAGCUUUUUCCUCAGUUGAAAUGGUUCUAUUAUUUUUCAUUUUCUGUAAGUAUCCAGCAAGCAAGUACACGAUAGUCUUGUUUAUAAUCUUAUUUCUUAAAGGAGAAAGAGACAAAAUGUUGAGGAGAAUCAAUGGCGCUAUUGUUGGUUCUUCGACAGUGAGUUAGUUUUGUUGGACUAGAGAUGUGUAGUUAAUUAUGGUGUUGAGUAGCUAUAGAUCUUGUAUUAUACAGAAAGAAGAAAAUGAUGUAAGUAGCCAAAAGUUUCAGUUCCUCUGUUUUUCUCUUAGUAUAGUCUUCAUUUCAGAGUUUGGAAAGUCUCUGUAGGACCCUGAAAUUCUAAAACAUAUGAUGUAAAAGAUGUAAUUACUGAGAGUGUUUAUUGGUUCUGAAGCAAUGAAGACUAGAACCGAAUAACCUAGAAUUGUUAAAGUACUGUUUUAUCUUUUAUAAGAGCAUGAUUAAUGGGAGAUUCUUAGGGGUGGUUCUUAUCGUAAUAUAAAAAAUCGUCUCUUAAUUUUUAACUAAAAGUUAUUUAAAUAAGAUAUUUAAGAGUCAGUUCUUAGUUUUUUUAAUUAAAAGUUAAGAGACGAUUUUUUAUAUUCCACUAAGAACCCUCGCUCUAAAAAUCAUCCAUUAAUCAUGUUUAAGCUCUUCUUUUGUUACUUGUCCGGUAAGGAAGUAAAAAGAAAACGGCCUAUUCACCCAAAGUCUCUCCGCCUAUCAUAAUUCAUAAGUCAUAACAAAUCAUCAACUUUAUAUCUUUUGAACUCCUAUUUAUUAUUAUUUUUUCUCAUUCACAUGAUUAUUCCAACAUUUAAAUAGUUUGAUUGAUUUAUUGAAAUUCAUUUAAUUAACAAUUAGACUUGAUGUUACACGCGUAGUUGACCUUGACUUGCAUGCCACUGUAUACAGAAAAAAAUGCAUUGACUUUGGCUGGCUGGUUUCACACUCAUUCAUUACUCAGUAGUAUUCAACUCGUCAAUCCAAUAAAGAAGAAAAACAAAAGCGGAAAGGAGAAGAAGUUGAAUAAUGUCUGCUUAUACUUCCUUAAACUGCAUCCUCCUUCUCACCUUCUUCACUGCAAGCUUGGGGGCUUCUGCACAACUACAAUACCCAACUUACGUCGCCUAUAACUGCAGUAACAGGUACAGGACAUCACCAAACCACGCUUACCUAUUCAAUAUCAGAAGUCUUUUGACUUCCUUUACUAACAUCCCUGCUUCCUUAUUCUCCGAGGGAUAUCAUUCUGUCGUAAGGGGUCAAAACGCUAGCAUGGUAUUCGGAAUGUUUCUCGCCGGAAGUUUGCCGUGACUGUAUCAUUUUUGCUUCUAGUAACACUCAGAGGCGAUGUCUAAGAGGGAAGGAAUUAAUGAUUCAGUAUGAUGAGUGCAUGCUUGGGUACUCGGACCAGAAUAUUUUAAUGGAUUAUGUAACAAGGUCCACUGUCCACACCAAGAAUAAUCACUUGGAGCACUCAGGAAAUUCCAGUGUACCAACUGGACGGGCUCAAGGAUGCAAUGCGUUUACAAAUUGAAUUUUACUUCGUCUCAGACGCAGUAUGCAUUGGUCCAGUGUUUUCCUGAUUUGUUACCUGAAGAGUGCAAAAGCUGUCUUACACAAUCCAUGACGCAAUUUAAUUUCAGCAGAGUUGGAGGAAGAGUUCUGUUCCCGAGUUGUAACUCAAGAUACGAGAUUUACCCUUUUUACAAUGAAACCUUUGUGGCAACUCUCCCUCCAUCCCCGCUCAUUACAUAUCCUCCGUUGCCAUUGGUUACAGCUCCUUCGUUGCCAUGGUUACAGCUCCUCCAUUGCCGCCUGGUAAAAACCUCUCUGUAUCUUUUUUUUUCAUUUACUUCCAGUUGAGACGUUCAAGACUUGGGAAGUCAUGUGUCAUGUCUGAUAUAUCACUUUGGCAGGAAAAGAAAGAAACUCAACGGUGAUAAUCUUAGCAACUGGUGUGCCGGUUGCUGUCUUUGUUCUCUUUCUUGUGGCUGUUUUAAGUUGCCAAGAAACAAAGAGAGUGAAGAAGGCUGAUGAUACUACAGUUGCAUAUGAUGGUAACGAUUCAAUAUUUUGUGUGUGCUCUGCUUAAAGUUUUAUGGAACUGAAUCCUUAACUAUAUUAUACUAGGAUCGGCCCGCCCUACGGGCGGGAUAUUCUUUAUAUGUGAUCUAAGUUAUUAUUUUUUUGUAUGAUUUUGUGGUUCGUAUUUUAGGUUUUCAUUUGUAAGAAAUGUGUAUGAUAAUAAUUUUUGUCUUUUAAAAAAUUUUAGGUGAAAAAGAAUUAUAUGUGAUAAGAUAUGUUUUGCUUGUUUACAAUAGUUCUCUGUUCAAAAUUUUAAUUUAAUUGUCUUUGCAUUUUAUUUGAAUAUAUAUAUAUAUAUAUAUAUAUAUAAGAAUCUAUAAGGUAGUAUAGAAAUUUGAAACCAUUUUGUUACUUUUUUUGUAUUAAAUUUGAAAUGUUAGAACUCAUUGUUUGUUGUGGGUUUAUUAUUUGUAAUUGUAGAUUUAAUGAUAUGAGUUAGAAAUUAACUAAUUGUUCAUUUUGAUCUACUUUUUUUCGUUUUGAUCAUUUAGGUUUUACGUAAACCAUCUUUUUGGUUUAUUUCAAAAUUAUUUUUAUCGGCCAACAAAGUUUGUAGUUUGCAAUUUUGGUUUAAUAUACAUACAAUUUUUUAAAAAGAAGUUUGACCAAUGAUUUAAACAUGUUAUUAUUCAUAUACAAUUUGAUGGCCGUAUAAUGUAUAUAACUAUGUUGUAUUUUUAUGUUAAGAUUUGAAAGUAAGAUUAUAACAACUUUGAUGUUUUUUUUUGUCAACAACAACUUUGAUGUUUUAAUGUAUGUUAGGGCGUAGAUGGUUUAUUAUUAUUUAGAUCAUGUACGUUAUACAGGGGUGACUGUGUAUUGUUUUAAGAGUUCGGAGCAAUAAAAUACUACAUAUAAGUUUGGGUGAGGUUUAUGUGGGUUUCUUGAUUAAAUGUUAUUGGUUAUGCAUAUACAUAUUGGUUGGUUAAAUUAGGAUUUCUUUGUGUUG